AUGCCGGGCGAUCCAGCUGCGCAGGCGGCCGCCGCAGCAGCCGCGCAAAAGGCGUUUCGCAACUUCACCAUCGAGCUCUUCACGCUUUACGGCACGGGGGUGCUGUCGACCUUUCUCAGGACAUAUGCAAGGAUCCGAGCCGUUGGUACCAAGGGCCUGCGUGCCGACGACGUCCUCGUUUGGUUUGGCAUUAUCUUCUACUCAGCUCAAGCUGGCCUUGGGUACAGCAUUGGGCAUGUGGCCAAGGGGCUGGCAAACAACGCCAUGACGGAUGCCGAGCGCGCGGCGCUUUCGCCGAGUGAUCCCGAGUAUCGUCUGAGGGUGAUUGGGUCGCAAAUUCAAAUUGCCGGCUGGACGACAUACUCUCUCUUGAUCGGGUUCCUCAAGCUGUCCGUGCUCGCUUUUUAUCUCCGACUGACGGAGGGUCUUGGUCUGUCGUACCGCGUCAGAAUCAUCAUCGGCUUCGGUCUCGUCAUUGCGACCACGCUUGCGUCGAUACUCACCAAUUUCCUUGCCUGUCGACCCUUCACCAGAUACUGGCAAAUCAACCCGAAUCCCGGCAACUCUUGCCAACCCGCUAUAUCCCUGCCCAUUGUCUGGGUGUCGUUUGCCUCCAACAUAUGCACCGAUCUCUACCUAAUUCUGAUUCCAAUCCCCAUGCUGUGGCGCUCUCGACUCAAGACCAUCAAAAAGAUUGCCUCUUCUGUCGUUCUUGGUGCAGGUAUAUUCGUUCUAGUCUGCGCCACCCUCAAGAGCAUAUUCGUACUGGUGGACCCCUUCCAUGGAGCUCAACAGGCGGGCGAAUGGGGCACCAGGGAGGCCUUUGUUGCCGUCAUCACCACCAACCUGCCCAUGCUGUUCCCCCUCUUCCGAGUAUGGCUUACUCCAUUCUGCGGCAAUUUGCUGCGUUCAUCCAAAAAGUCGUGCAAGACUCCCACCGGUUUCGUGAGCAUUGGAGGAGGUGGUCCCGCAUCCACACCGCGAAAUCGCAGCGGACCAAGAACAGCCAAUCCAAUCACCGAAAACAUGACGUUUAGCGAGAGCGAGGAGCGAAUAGUCGACGAUGUCAAGCUGGAGAAUGUCCAAAAAGAAUAUAAGCCGCCCAACACCAUUGUGGUCUCCAAUCAGGUUGAGAUCACGCACUCGAAUAGAAACGGUCAACUCGAUGCUCGAACCGCACCAGGACACGAGCAAUGGUGA